GAAGUGACGUAAGAAAACAACGUUGGUCGAGUUUUCUGGGUCUGGAUGUUUUCAGCAGCUUUUGAAAGAUUUCAGAAGUUAUGGAGGUCUUACAGACACCGCUUUGUGCCGUGGAUCGUGUUUAACUUGUCUAAAAAUGAGCAGACUCUGCGCCAGGUGACGGAGCGGUCCAAAGACAAACUUGUCUCGGAUGAACAAGUCUCCCGGAGCCUUCUGAAGCUUUUCAGAGCCCUCCACAGGAAGGGUCUUCAUCAUGUGGAGCUCCAUCCAGCUCAUGUGCCCCAAGUCCCACAGUUUUUAGGUGAAGAAGAACAGGCUGGUGGACAAGAUGUUAUUUUCCAGUCUCUGGGGUUUUGUAUUGACAGGAAGCCCAGCACUUUACCCUCUGCUGGAACUGGGGUGUUUGUCACCAGGGGAUUUGUGCCUAAAGGGGCUGCAGUUGCCAUGUAUCCUGGCACCAUUUAUCAACCGUAUGAGCCCAUUCUCCUUCAGUCCAUCAAAAACCCUUUCAUAUUCCGCUGCAUCGAUGGCAUCCUGGUUGAUGGAAAUGAUAAAGGCAUCUCCAAAAUGAUCUUCAGGUCAUGCAGCGGCAGAGACAGAAUAGGUCCCUUUGUGACGAGUGACACCACAUGGCUGACGGACAGCCCUCAAAACCCACUGGCUGUGGGUCAGUAUGUCAACAACUGCUCCAAUGAAAAGCCUGCUAAUGUUUGCUACCAGGAGUACAACAUCCCGGACGGCUUCCCCAUCGAGCUCCGCCAGUAUCUACCAAACGUCAACUUCAGCCAGGACAUCAAGAGGCCUCUUCGCUGUGUGGUCCUCGUCUCCCUCAAAGAAGUUGCAGCAGGAGAAGAGCUCUUCUCCAACUACUACACCAUUGUGCAUUGA